AUGUCAGAAGUAAAAUAGCAACUUAAAAAACGAUUAGAGAAUUUGAUCUUUGAAAAAUAGCAGAGACUUAACUAGUUUUACGAUGAGUAAAGUCAAGAGAUUGCAGCUUUAGAAGCAACCAAGAUUUAAAAAGCAAAUCAUAGAUUAGCUAGAAUCAAUAAUUUCUCAUUAUCUUUGCCCUUAUCUCCCUAAGAAAAGACUUUUAAUUAGGCUUAAACAGGUGAGCUUAAAAACUUCAACCCAGAGGAGGAGUAGACUGAUGUUCAAAAGGCGAGGCGAUCGCAAAAGAGAGGCAGAAAUUUAAGAUCCUCUGGCCUUAGAAAGCAAACUCAUUAAAGUGUGAUCGUUGAUAAUGAUGAUCAUGUCAGUGUGAAUGGGGCAAAUACUGGCUAAAACUUGAGAAAAAAUAAAAGAAGAAGCAAGCAAGAAUUGGUGGAUGAGAUAGUGUUUCAGUCCUACUUCAAUGAAAUAACAAAAGUAUACGAUGAGGAAAAAGGUGGAUACAAGUCACUUUUGUAUACUGCAAAGUGUUUGAUGGAUUAACCAAUCAGUCCAAUUCACAAUAAAAGACAAUUAAUCCUAAGGAAGAACAAAAAUAUCCAGAAAUCAGAUAACUAGAGCAGUCUUACCACAAACAAAACUAAGCAAAUGAUUAACAUAGUGAUCAAUAAUAACGAAAACUCUUCAAAACUUUUACCACAAAAGCAACUAAGUGAGUUGACCUCUGAUAUAAACUAAUGCUCAACAGCUAUGGUAUCUAGCCCAUAAUCACAAUCAUAUGCUCUCUUUAGUCCACUGAACUCAACUCACUCUAAAAAUAAUAGGAAUAAUCAAAGCAUGACAAAACUGCAAAUGAUUAUGAACAAUCAAGAUAUCAGUCACUUGGCUACUCAAACCCCCAGCAAAGCCAGACCUAUGACUGCUUCUCACAAGAAAAAGCAGAUGAACAGGUAUAUCAACAAUAGCUAUAUCAUUAAAAAUCAGUCAAAUAAGAACAUUUAUCUAAACACCAAAGAUCGAAGUAGAAUGGAGGACUAAGAUUAAAUGUCUCAGUCAGCACUCUUCACAUUAAAUAACGAACAAGGCAUAUUUCAGUAAGUGCAAUCUUCUGGUAGCAUAUUCUUGAAAAAUAAAACCACGAUAUUUUAAGAGCGUGAAAGAUCUCUUAGUAAAAGCCCUACGAAAAUCUCAGCUCCUGAUCACAAAAGAACUCAGAGAAGUUUAAUGAGCAGAGACACCAGAGCCAGUAAUAAAAAUUUAAAGAGUGGAGGUAUUGUUCGUCAAAUCUCACAGAAUCAAAUUGAAUAAAUUACUCAAGAUGACGAAAAACUCCUGAACAGUGAAGAGAUAUAGGAGAUAUUCAAUGCAAAGCUCAAAGACCUGGGGUUGGACUAUAACCUGCAUUAGGAUCAGUUUCAAAGAUUCGAUAUCUCAGUCAAUUAUACCUGUAUCAACAGGAAGCUAAAGCUAAGAGAUUUUGGAUUAGGAAUUAAUUCUGCUACUGUGAUUUCAGAAAUCAUAUUAAGAAGGUUAGAAAUGAGGAUGGAGAAUAUAGCUUAAAUUGACUUGAACAACAACAAUUUGAGAGAUGAGGGUGUAAAGAUAUUGAGCUCAGCAAUCAAGGAUUUAAGAUCACUGGUGCAUUUAAGUGUAGCCAGCAAUGAAAUCACAGCCAAGGGUUGCAAGUAUUUAUGUGAAAGAGGACUCAUUGAGAAUGAGAACUUAGUCAGUUUAGAUAUCGGCAGUACAGAUGGCUUGGGAAGAAAUAGACUGACUUGGAUAGGUGGUCAGUCUAUUUCGAAAUUGCUAUAACAGGACACCAAUAAUAUACAGUUGCUCAAAGUUGGUGGAAGUAACCUUGGCAAUAAAGGAGUUGAUAAGAUAUUAAGUGCUUUGAUGAGAAAGAAGAAUAUCAGGAUAAUAGAUUUGGACUUGCAGAAAAAUGAGAUAGAUUUCUCCCCUUAUGAAACUAAUAAAUUGUCCAACAUCAUUUCAAAUGCUUUUCAGUUACAAUCCUUGAACAUUUCAUUUAACGCUAUUGGUGAUGACACUCUGAUUUAAUUGGCAGAUGUAUUUACCAACUUGAGGAGCAUUAAGAAGUUUAAACUGACUUGUGGACGUUUGACAAUCAGAGGCAUUUCUAGAUUCCUUUGUGAAAUCUAGAAUUGCAUAUCUCUCUAGGAGUUAAGUUUUGAUUAAAACGAUUUCAAAGCAGACUUCAGUCUGUGGGAUGAGAACUAGAAAAAGUAACUCUAAGAAAUUCAAGAAUUUUUCACUCGAAACACAAAGAUCAAGAAACUAAACUUUAAGAAUUGCAAAAUGAAUGACUUAGUGUGUAAAUCCAUUUGCAAUGGACUCCAGAAAAACAUAACAUUACAUAGUCUAAAUCUCUCCUAUAAUUAGCUUAGUGAUCUAUCUGCAAUUGAGUUAGCUAAGGUACUACUCAGUGGUAAAUCUGGGCUUACACAUCUAAAGAUGCAGUGUAAUAAACUCUAUGAUGUCUCAGCUAUUGCUUUAUCGAAUGCCAUUAAGAAGUAAAAAUAUAUGACCACUUCUUUAAAAUAUUUGGAUAUCUCUAACAAUAUGAUAUAAAAAGAUGGAGCAUACGCUCUAAAACAGGCUAUUGACAUAAAUAAUCGCAUGAUUUUUUUGAAUCUGCAAAUGAAUGUGUCUAUACCCUAUGGGUGUCUUCUAUAAAUAGAAAAGACUCUUAAGUUUAACAAUUCACUGAUUGAGACAUAAGUGGUACCAACAUUCAAAAAUGAGAUCAGGUAGUUAAAGGAGCGGAAUAAAACUGGGAAUAUCAACAGAGUCUUUGAUGAGAUCAAGAAUGCGAACACACAGAGAUUGUCAGAGCUUAGAGCUUGCAGUAUAUUAGAGAAAACCUGUGAAAGUGCCCAAGCUGCAGAUGGUUUGAUUAAUAAAUAGUAUGAAGUGCUUAGAGAUGAAAGUUAAGUUAUUUAUGAACUUGAUAGACAGCUAGAAUAUCAGCUGAGAGAGCUGGAUAAUAGAAAGGUCAGAAUCUUUGAAAAAUCUGAACUUGCAAUGAAGAAAUUUGAGAAGGACAUCAGAGAUACUAAGUAGUUAAUGCAGGAUGACUUAUUUGAGAUUAAACGUGCCAAGUCUAUGCUGAAGAAUAAGAAGGAGUAAAUCAAUGAAGAUCUCUAAGAGUAUCGUGAUACACUAAAAAUAGUCUUGAAGAAGAUUGAAGUCUAGGAGUUCAUGAUAUCUGGCAAGGAAAGAGAGAUAAAGGAGAUCUAGUCUGAGAUAGACAAAUGGAGAGUUAUACAAGAGCAAAAAGAAUAGCAGAAAAUCUUGGAGUAAAACCAAAAUUUUUUAAAGAAACUACAAAAGAAAAGGCUUACAGCUGCUAAACUAACUACCAAUGACCUGGGAGGCAUAAAUGCACAUCUUUAGUUGCUUCAAGCUUAUGCUAAUGAAAGUAGCGACGAAGAUGAAGGGAAGUCUAAGAAAAGGAAAUCCAAAGGAGGGAAGUCCAAGAAGAAAAAGAAGAAGGGGCAAUCACCCACACUUCUGGAUAAAUGA